GGGAUGUCGUACAGCUUUUCGCACGCCCGCGUUACUGCCGGGAACCGUAUUCGUAGAGUAUGAGAGUAAGCAAUUUUCUCCCGAAGAUGGAGCGGCCCUGGGACAUCGCCGGUGCUCCAGGGAGAACGUACGACGAUGCGAGCGAGCGAGUGAGUGAGUAUGAUUGAUGCGGUUUGUCGGUCUCGCCUGACGUCCAACAUCUCGUCUCGCGUCAUGCUCGUGGAUACUUACGCCCUCGACGACGACGAUGACGAGGAAGACGACGACUACCACGAUGACGAUGAUGACGACGACACUCUCAGUGUUACAAUCAGCUACACUUUGCGCAGUUCAGUCGCGGGACUGAACUACGCUGAACCGCUGCGUUUCGAUUACUCCGGCGUAUACGCGCGGAGAAUGAUCUGCCAGGGGAUACGGAGUAUCAUCUUCUCAAGAAACUUAGUUGAGUUUUUCUUUGUUAUAUGCACCCUGGCGAGAGAGAGAGAGAGAGAGAGAGAGAGAGAGAGAGAGAGAGAGAGAGAGAGAGAGAGAGAAGAAGGCGCUGCAUUACUCUGAGAAUCCAAUCUAACAAAUGUAUCGUCCAUACAACGAUAUUUAUCAUCUCGUGACUAUUUAUAUAAAUGGUUAUUUUAAAAGGAGAAAAUUGUUUAUAUCGAACAGCUUUGUGGAUCUCGUUUACUGAGUAAUUGAAUAUUGAUAAUAAAAUGUUAUUUUAUACGUCGAAAUUACGUCGUUUCGCGGUAAAUUAUAUUAUACACUAUUGAAACGCGGUGAAAAUGACAUCGCAAUCUAUUCCUUGCAAUUUAAGCAUUACGGCUUAAGUGAUUAUACCGUUAGCUGCUUUAUUGGUCGUUACACUUUCGUGGAAUUGAUUAUAGAAGCUAUCCCCGAAAUGUGUCCCCCUGGAUCUCGGUUUUUGAGAUGCAUUAUCAACGUGUUAGCAUCGUGGUGAACAAAUACACGUGACAUUCCUCAGGAUGCAGCUUCAACAAGCUGGUAUCUGUUGAAUUCUGUUAUGUUUGGCUUUCGCAUCGGAUUCGUUUCACUGCAAUGUCGCGUUGCAGAGGCGAAUAAGCAUGCAGCAUGAUAAUUAAAUUGUGCCGUAAAUCAUAUAAAUUUAUGGAUGUUACAGCGUAGCUAUACUCUCCUGACUACUCGAAAAGGGGCUGCAAAAUUAUACAAAUAAUUAUGGCUUAAUUUGCAACGUUUGCAACUUUAACAUUUGUCACCUAACAAUUUCUAAAAAUAAUUAGUAAAUAAUUAAUUACUAAAAAUAUAAAUUCAACGUUGCAUUAUAAGGCUUAAGUAGUUACUAAACUUAUUUACACAAAUGUCUUGCGAUAAUUUCGCAACCGUUAUCAUGAUGAAUAAGCGUACGAAAAAUGAACACGAAUAAUCUUGUUUCUUAUCGAGCCGAAAGAACACAGAUGAGAGAAAUAUAGCGAAUUAAUGCAUUAUCAAUGUAGCAAAAGCAUUUUUAUACUUUUUUAUAUGUUCUUUAUAUACGUGAUAUUAAAAAUCUACGUAGACAGGCGACAGACAGAAUAAUAUUGCAUAUGUUUUCGACAACAAAAAAUUAAGCCUGUCGCACACAAUGUUAUCGGAAUAUGUUAAGUGUCAUUGCACCGAAAAUUCUGGGUGGAAUUAUUGGAAGUCACGGUACAUCGGAAAACACCGUCGUCUUCGACGUCUCGUUUCAGCAGGCGAUUAAAGUGUUAAAACUGUUUGACGCUUGAUAAACUUUAUUGCCGCCCGAUAUCGAUGUUGGAUUUAUCCCUUCAGAGCGUAUCAUAAAAGAUUUUCAACAUUCCUAUCGGGGAUACGCGCGCGCUCGAUUUUAUGAAAGCUAAGAUUAAAGUAAAUUCUUCUAACGUAGUCGGUCUGAGCUAACGGGAAAAAUCUCUUUGUUAUCAAAAAUUUUAGUCAAAAUCUAAUAUUUCUUUAAAGUUUAACAUUUUCAAACACACAGUUUUAAAUCCAUUGUCAUACAUUUAUAAAUUUUAAAGUCACCUAUCCUUUCUUGUAAAAAAGUACAAACUAUUAGAAAACAAAUCAAAUCAAAUUAGAUAUGAUUUGAAUCUUUAUUUUAUUCGAAUUAUUUAAAAUUUUCAAAUCUAAAAGACCUGAAUCACUUGAAAUAUUGACAAUUUUAUAAAAUUAUAUAACAUUUUAUUUAAAAUGACUUUAUAUCUCUCAUACAUCAAUUUUUUCUUAUAUAGUAAUAUUUUUAUCAUUUGUAUCUUAAUUCAAUCUAGCAAUAAUUAUAUUGUUAAUUAAAAGUAUUUCAAUGACUCGAUUCAAUAUCAGAAAAAUCAUCCUUAAUUCAUAUAUUUCUAAUUUCCUGCCUUUUUACAAAUAUGCUAUUUUGAUUGCCUCGUGGUUCCUAUCUAAUCUUUACGUAUAAUUAGUUUUUGAAAUAAUGACUACUUUACAAUUCGUUUAUUUCUCUCAAACCUGUUUUCUCAAACAGAUAUCUAAGUAUAUAAUCCCCUGAAAGAGCGAUGGACGUGAUCUAGAAACUUCUUAACCCAACCACGCGCGAAGAUUUCAUCUCCUUCGAAAUCUCAUCUUCCAGGAAAUAUCGAAGAUCACCCUUGCGGCUAUAAAAGCGCGAGCUCUCUCUCUCUCUCUCUCUCUCUUUCUCUCACCUUCGCCCCCGUUGCCUAAAUUUUCUAAGUUCGCUCCUUGCACCCAGCAGCAUCUACCAUCACGAUGGGUGUUGAAGGACGAGAGGCGCGCGCGAGAGAGUGGCGUACGUGCAUGUACGCUCAAGUGUGCGAGGGCAGCGCGCAAAUAUCAAUCAGUGGAGUCAAGAGUGGAAUCAGGGUGGCCGAGUGGUUCCACAUAAUGCUGCAACCAGGAGGUGAGAGAGCGUAGCGCGCAACGUGUAUCUCGUGUUCGGUGGCCGGUGCAAUUCAGACACACGCGCACAGAGACGUGAAACCCACGCGUACACGUAUCAGAAGCACAUACGCACACAAGCGCGGGGAAACCCCGUCAGCCACCCUACAUGCCGUACCGAAGCAACGACGCCCGGUAGCGUUCGGUAGCGUCGUCGGCCCCACUCCUUUUCAUGGAUCGACGAUCGUUCACGUGUUGGUUUGUUCGUGCACCAACACGUAUACAGGGAACAACCCGGUGUGUGUGUGGGUGGAGUGGAACCGAGAAGGCGUGCCCGGGAGGCGGGACCCGGGACCAAAAUCUUGGUGUGCAUCGGACUUCUGUGUGGGUGUUCUCCCUCUCCGUACGUACGCCGACGAUGUGUGCGUCGUUCGUGUUGCACUCUCCGUCUCUCUCCUUCUCCACGUCCGCCGCUCUCGCGGCCGUCAUCGCAUGGGAGUCCCUCCACUAUCAGACCCGUUAACAGCAGUCGGCGUCGAGGCACCCGCUCUAGCAGCUAACGUCUCUCACAUCCCCGGGCUUGAGCCGGUGCUCCGCCGUUCGCCCGACCUGUCCAGCCGAUGGACUGCACGGAAAUCAGUGUCACUGACAACCGGAAGCCCCGUCUCUUACGCAACACGUAUUCAUUGUCAUCAAGCAGGCAGAAGCUGUCCUACGGGAGUCCGUUCAGGUGUUGACGAACUACGAAUCAGCAGGUUCGAGUGAAUGUGCCGGCAAAAGAAUCUGUAGUGCUUGUACGCUACCACGAGAUCAAUGUUGACAAUCCAUGAAAGGAUGAAGUCGGUGAACAGGUAAUCCGGAGGAAAGACUUUUGUCGCGCACUUGGGGUUGCAUACAUUGCCAACUGAAGAGACAUUUUUUUUAACGUUCACCAAACAGUCUUGAUAAUUGUUGAAAAAUUAUUGUUCCUGAAGACGCAAGUUUCCAAAGAUCUGAAGGAUUCCUAUGAAGAAAGGACUUUCUGGAUAGUUUCAUUGAAAAUCAGAUUGAGGAGAAUUGUGUAUGUUUGUUUAUUGCCGAGGAAACUUACAAAGAUUGCAAGCGUGUUGGGGGAGGAGAUGCGAACGUCGUGUGUAGUGACGCGAAAGUUGUAAAACGGUGAACGGACUCGAGGUCCAGGAUGAUGGAAGUGCAGCAGCAACACUCGCCUGUCGGGGUGGGUCCGCUAGACUUUUCGAGACGAGGGGUUGCCGAGGCAUCAGCAUUUCGAGUUGUCAAGCCCAAACAACCGGCUUCGUCGCUUGUGCAUCAGCAAUCGCUGCCGCCGGAAACCAAUAAUAACGAGAAUCUUCAAGAGAACCCUCAGAUUCCCAUCGAUGAAGGAGCCUGUAAUGUUCGUUUAAUGUUCCCAAGACUGUGGGCACCUUUUGGGAAUGCCACGGAAGUUACGAAUCUGCCACCUUUACCAAAAAGUCACUCAGAACGCUUGUCUUUCGGAGUUGGUCGUCUGGUAGGUUCGCCGGCGACGAGGAGUCCCUCACCGUCUCAGUCUCCUUGCCCGGAUUCCCCGCCGCCCGAGCGCCGGGACGCCGAGGUGGACGUGGAUGUAGGCGAGGAGGAGGUCGACGUGGACGUCGAGGAGGUCGGCGACGAGGAUGACCACGAGGGUACCUCGAGUCCGCCGCGAUCGUCGUCGACGCCGUCACCGUCGCCGAUCAGCGUCGCGACGUCGCCCGUGUCGCAUCCGCCGAAGAAAUCCGGCGACAGCUUCAGCGUGUCGGCGCUCCUGAGGCCGGACCCGCCGUCCGCGCAUCUCCAGAACGCGUCCCCGCAUCGGGAAUCCGCCUCCCUGGGCGCCCAUCCGCCACCACCCGGAUCGUCGAUACUGUACCCGCCGUUGCACCUUCAGGGCGGCCUCCUGCCACCCCAUCCGCAUCAUCCGCUCUCGUACCUGCAUCCCCAGCUGCUGCCGCAUCAUCUUCUGCCGCCGCACCUGCACCCGCUGUUGCGCGGCGUUCAUCCGGCUCACCCGGGGCUGCACUCGACUCACACGGCGCACGGGCUGCACCAUCCUCAUCCGCUCGGCGACGUCUACAGCUGCGUCAAGUGCGACAAGAUGUUCAGCACGCCGCAUGGGCUCGAGGUUCACGCGAGGCGGUCACAUAACGGUAAACGGCCCUUCGCCUGCGAGUUGUGCAACAAAACCUUCGGCCACGAAAUUAGUCUCACGCAGCACCGGGCUGUGCACUCCGCGGAGAAGGUGUUCGAGUGCAAGCAAUGCGGUAAAGCCUUCAAGAGGUCCAGCACGCUCAGCACUCACCUUCUAAUACACUCGGACACGAGACCGUAUCCUUGUCAGUUUUGCGGCAAGCGAUUCCACCAAAAGAGCGACAUGAAGAAGCACACUUAUAUACACACCGGCGAGAAACCUCAUAAAUGUCAAGUAUGCGGUAAAGCUUUCUCGCAGAGCAGCAACCUGAUCACGCACUCGAGAAAGCACACGGGCUUCAAGCCGUUCGCCUGCGAGCUCUGCGGCCGAGCUUUCCAGCGUAAGGUCGAUCUGAGGAGGCAUCGCGAGACCCAGCACGCUGAUCUGAACGCGUCGCAUCGACCGCCGAUUGGUUCGAUUCCCGCAAGUCAGAAUUCCCUGCCCAGUGGAAAUUCGUCGAUGAUACAGUGAGACCGCGACGAGGGAGCGGUUGACAAUCUGGCGCCGGAUUAAUACGGAAUGACGAUUGGAGAUCGUCGCAAUUAGCGACUCUUUUCCGCGAAUCGGAAGGCGGUUCGGACAAGAUUGAGGACGCAACUACGAGAAUUGAAAUCAUGAAUAACGAUCUCAGUGAUGGUGGAGAAGUGAGAGCGAUAAAUUAAUCUCAUAGAUAAAAUCGCUAGUGAGGCGAUUGCGAAUCGCAUUGUGGUGAAUUGCUGGCAGGAAGAUGUUAACUUUUUGCAUUUUGCAUUAAAUAUUCUCUGGUUUCAAUAUUUUUACACAUAUUUUCCAACAUAAAAAAUGUUUUUAACUAACAUUACUUGAGAGAGAAAGAGAUACUUAUAACUAAAUUUUAAUUUAUAACAUUAAUACGAAAAAAUUUUUAUAGAAUUACAUUAGAAGGAUAAUUGAUUAAAUUAAAAAGUGCGAUUCCUCAAUCAUUAAUCAAAAAGCAAAAUGUUAAUAUCAUUCAAUCGCGGAUUACAUUGAGGAUGCAAAAUUUUGUGUAAAUUCAGAUCGCGUAACAGAACGAAACUAAUCGGAAUGGUGCAAUUCAAGAGUAAACUUUCGGGACAAAGUAAAAUUUACCGGAAAGGGGUACUGUAGCAUUUUUUAUGUGUGUUUUAUCUUUACCGAUCUUUUGACGUUAGUGCGAAGAGACUGUGUAUGUUAAUAUUUAUUUGACAAAUUUGUUUCGCGUGCGUCGAUUAAUCUUAACGCGAGUAUCCCACCAUUUCAAGGAUUCUUAACUUGCGAAAUAUACUCAGGAUAAAUGGAGAAAGUGAAUUGGUGAUUUGUUGCGACUGGACAUUCCAUGAAAAAGCGUUGAAUCCGUUUUGUUCCUAAGUGAAGUGUGUGCCGGGGUUUGGUUUCUUCGACGAUUUUCAUUCGGACAGAGAGCCUUCUGCGGUGAGAAGUGAUAAUUUAUGAAUUACGAUACGUAAAGCGUAAAAGUGAAUGGACUGAUGACUGUUUUUUGUUACGGACGAUGAUUAAGAUUUCCUACUUUAAUCGUCUAUCUACCUGCAAAUCGAUUACCUGUUACUAUGUAACUUCUCUUAUUACGUAGAUAUUUUCAAGAUACGCAGUGCGUAUCGUCGAGCUAGUCGGACGGUCAAGAUUAUAUAACUUUUAUAAAAUUAAUCAUUUUAUGAAGGUAUUAUAUUAUAUAUAUUAUUUAUGUUAACAAUCACAUCUUCUGACCAAAAACAAGAUUUUUUUUAAUUGAAAAUACAUGCAAAUAAUAUUAUAUAAUUUUUAAUAUAGAAGAAAUUAAUUAAAUUAAUUUAAGAAUAAUAACUUUUUUAAAAAUUACGUCCGAGUAGCACGAUCGAAUGGCGUAUAGUAUGUCAAAGUACGGCAAAAACGUACUGUAUUUUGCAUAUCUCCCGCACCUGUCGUUGAAAAAAAAGUCAAUCAAGACCAUCAACCCCUAAAGUUGCAACUGUGACCAAAAAUUGUAAAUAGCACGUAGAUCGUAUCACGGCUAGUCUCUAAGCGUAUAAAUAUAUACAUAUAAAUAAGUCGAAGCUAUAAAUAUUAUAAAUAGAGAGGGCACGUAAUGCGGCGCAGAGUCGUUCCGUCUAAUGGCGGCUCGCUCGCCGUGGCCUCACCAAAAAAGUUAUUAUAUUCUUCCCUUUUUCUCGCUAUCGAAAUUUUUAUUGUUGUACCAUUAAUAUCAUUAUGUAAUUAUUGUAAUUAGAGACUCGCUAUUAAUAUUAUUGUCAUUAUUAUUAUUAACAAUAAACGCUGUUACCAUUUGUAAACGCGCUUCUUCUGACUAACAAUCUCUCUCUCCUUCCUUUAACCGUUCAAUAUGUUUUUGUAAAAUAAGAUUUGCUUUUUAUUUUUUAUUUAUGUUAUUGCAUAUUUGAUUGUAUGACAUAGAAAAUUGACAUAAUAAAAAUAAUUAUUUUGAUAAUAUA